GGAAGAUAUUCCUUUUCAAAUUUUCAGGUGGGGACUGCGAGCAGGCUGCUUGAAACUUUGUGCUAUCCUUAGGAUCUAUGAGUUACAGUUUUUACCACCUUUUACCAGCCGAAGAAUUUCCUCGAACGUGCAUGGCUUUGAAUAUAAUGUCAUUGACAAAUGAUUUUCUUUGUGUGUAAUUUUAUUUCAUCCAACCUGUCACCUGACCAACAUUUUUUUCAAUCCCUGGGGAUUGAUUUCACAAGUUUAUUGUAUUUUUGAUGUAGUUACACCCUUAACGCAAACUGCAAUGGAUGCCAAGACUCGAGAUAUUACAACAGGUUACUUUUGGGAUUAGAAUUUUAAUAAAAUUUUUCGACUGUAAAACACCGUUAUCACAGCAUGCAACACGAGUAAAUAAACGUUCAUAAUCACAAACGCCAAGAUUGGCGAUGUAUUGAUUGUCUCUAAAGCUAAAUUUACAAACCCUGUGAAUAAAUUUGCUAUGAGAAAGUAUGCCAGUAGAUUAUAGUUCACAGCAGAGAUAAGACAAGAGCAACCGACUGCUGAGGUUUUCUCUUGAAGAUCUUUUGUAUAAGUAGUUUGUAAAAAAGUUUUGUUUUCCAAUUUGCGAGAUCGUAAUAUGCGAGACGAAUCUUGUGAUGAAUUGGGGGAUGAAUCCUGUGAUGGUACCGAGUCAUGUUUAUAUGAAGUAUCCAAAGUUAACGAACAAGAUACGCAACCACCAGGAUAUCUAAGGAAUGUCUGUGGAGAUGAUAAAGCAACCAUUAAAAUGUCGACAGCAAGGAAGAAAGCCAGUAGUAGUACGUUAUAGCCAACCU